AUGGCUUUCGACCCGCACAACGUCGACCUAGACAUGGCCGACCCAGCCGAGAUUGUUUGCUAUCUCAAUGCCGAGGGAAACGAAUAUGACGGCCGCAUGGGCGCGCGCGUCUCAGCUAUCUUCGUCAUCCUAGUCGUCUCCUCAGCAGCAACCUUCUUCCCCGUGCUGGCAAAGCGCGCACCAAGCCUCCGCAUCCCACUCUACGUUUACCUUUUUGCGAAAUACUUCGGUGCAGGUGUCAUCAUCGCCACGGCUUUCAUCCACCUGCUCGACCCGGCCUAUAGUGAAAUCGGCGGAAGCUCCUGCGUCGGGUUGACGGGUCACUGGGCUGAUUACGCCUGGUGCCCAGCUAUUGUGCUCACAUCCUUGAUGGUCGUCUUCUUAUUGGACUUUGGCGCUGAGCGCUGGGUCGAAGUGAAGUAUGGUAUCUGUCGUGAGGACCCAGAGCCGAUAAUGGCUUCUCCUAGUGGAGUCGAAGUGCAGCAUGGGGUCCGGCGAUCAAUUUCGCGCUCGCAUUCGCAUGAUAAGCAGGUGAAGGAGAUUGAGUCGCAGUCUCAGGAACUGCUGAUCGAGCGCUCGUUUAAGCAGCAGAUUGCCGCGUUCCUGAUUCUUGAAUUCGGAGUCAUCUUCCACUCUGUGAUCAUCGGGCUGAACCUCGGUGUUGCUGGUGAAGAGUUCGCAACUCUCUACCCUGUGCUUGUGUUCCAUCAGUCUUUUGAAGGUCUCGGUAUUGGAGCUCGGAUGUCCAGUAUUCCGUUCAAGAAGGGGAGCUGGUUGCCUUGGUUUCUGUGUACUGCUUAUGGAUUGACCACGCCUAUUGCUAUUGCUAUUGGUUUGGGACUGCGCACUACUUAUAACCCAGGUUCGUUCACGGCUAAUGUUGUCUCUGGUGUGUUGGAUGCUAUCUCGGCUGGUAUCUUGUUGUACACUGGUCUUGUUGAGUUGCUGGCAAGGGAUUUCUUGUUUGACCCUCACCGCACUCAGGAUGAUAAGCGUCUGACAUUUAUGGUGCUGGCCUUGUUGCUUGGUGCUGGUAUCAUGGCUCUGCUUGGAAAGUGGGCUUGA